AUGCCUGUCAAUCAUAGCAAGUACGUCAACAUAUUGCUUGUUAUGGUCCCUAUAGGCGUCAUCGCGGGGGCGUGCAACUGGAGCCCAUCCGCCGUCUUCGCCGUCAACUUUUUCGCUAUUAUCCCGCUCGCCGCUGUCUUGUCGUUUGCGACCGGACAGAUUGCAAGAAAGCUGGGUGAGACCAAUGGAAAAUUGCUGAAUGCCACCUUCGGCAAUGCCGUCGGGCUCAUUGUGAGCAUUGUUGCCUUGAAAGAAAACCAUAUCGAGUUGGUGCAGUCCAUUAUGCUUGGCUCAAUCCUCUCCAAACUGCUUCUUGUGAUGGGCAUGUGCUUCUUCUUUGGCGGCAUUGUCAACAUGCGCGACGGAGUCACAUCCCAGGGCUGGAGUACUUCGCCUACGCCUCUGACAUUAUGGGCAACCACAUGGCCGGAUGGACUAUGAAGCACGCGCAGACCUUCAUCUUUGCCGGUCUGUACUACGGCCAGCUGGGUCGGGUUCUGGAGAGUGACGCCAUGUUCUUUAACGCCGCCCGAGCACUGAACAUGAUUAUGCGC